UGGACAAGUUGUCCAGAACAACUGACGAACGCCGAGACCAUUCUUGCUGCGACACCGCCUCCCGUUAGGCGCGUCGCUGGGUGGCAGUCGAUUGGAGCUCGGCGCCGCCGCGGCAGGCAGGCGUGAAGGCAUCCGGAAUCUGUUAUUUGCAUAGCUCCGGCCAACACGCCGGUCCGUAGCAUGGCGUGACUGCACGAAGCGGCUCUGGUCUACAGGCACUAUCGUGUCAACAAACGGUGGUGUUGGUGCCGAAACGGGCCGCCACUGUCGUUGCCGUCGAGAGACUCGGCGGUGCUCCGCUGACGAGGAGUGCAGCGUUGGUUAUGUCGGCGAACAGCUCCUUCCCGUGGACACUUCCACGUCACUGAGGAGGACACUUGCCUCGUCUGAAUGCCGAUCUCUACGCUCGCGCCGCUUUGAUUGCAGAGACGGCGGAGGAUAUUGCGCGCUUUGCUGAUGCCUUAUGCCCGUGCUUGCAUUACGAGGCUCAAGAGCAACAUUAGAGAUCCGGAGUUAGGCAACAUCGCACUCAUCAGAACGGGUCGCGUUAUCUGCAAUGGCGCUCGCAGCUCCACUUCACGUCGGGCAGUUGAGCUUUUGCCGAGUAGAGCACAAGCGUCGACCCCGUCCAAGGACCAAGCUAAGCUGGCGCACCCGUAGCAAGAGAGAGAAACAAAUUGAUGAGCUUCAUUGAGAUGCUGUCUGCCGCGAGUCCCCGUUCUUCGUCCUCUUCGCAGUCCCAGGCGCCGUCGCAGUGGAUGGCGCCGCCCGCUGCGUCCUGGACGCGUGAGGAGAUCAGUAUGAUCCAGGAGAUGUUCCUCUCGGACGAGAAGGCCAUUCAAAUCCGAGAUAUCUCCAUUAGCGGCGGCAAGCUGCCUGUUACAGACGACCCGCUCGCCAUCUCCGUGGAACAGGGUGCAGACGCCACCAGUAUGCUACUGUCCCCUAUUGGAGCGGACGAUGCAUUCCUGCAACAGUUCAUGGUAGACGAGAAGGACGCCAUGGCUGCCUUCUUCCUCGAGGCCAUCGACCCGUUCCAAGCUGUCCCUGUAGCCUCGGACAACGUACAGCAGCAGGUCGUUGCCGCGCCGUCGGCUGUGUCCGGGCCUUGUGACGGACGACCGAUCGAGCACGUGCUGGCCAAGUUACGUGCGAAGGUGAACGACCUCAACCGCAUCUACUACUCGCGCUGCAUGAACACGUCCGGUGCUGACGACUCUAGCAUCAACAAAGUCAAACUCGUACUCGCGAUCGAGAGGCUGCAGCGUGUUAUCCAGGGUCUCUCCAAGGAGAACGCCCAGCUUAAGGCGGACACGACGAGCUGUGCGCAACGUAGCGAGUUGCUUUUGCGAGACAGUGACAAGAGUCAGGUCAACUUGGAACACUUGAGCCAAUCCAUUGAUGAGUCUACCUGUGCAACGGCUAUGGAGGAGGGAAUGAAUGUGGCUCUCAACUACUCCAUGGACGGUGAGGUGCUCAAGGACCACCAGGACGAGCACGGCUGGGGCUACAAGAGUGUGGUGACCCAGAACGGGGUAUUCUCGUACAUUCUGAAGAAGGAGUACCCGAAGGAGGUGAACAUGCACGAGGUGAUGCAGAAGACGUGGGCCAAUGUGAGCAGCUCCGAGAACCUGUCGUGCAUUUACUACGGCUCCAUCAAGGCGCAACUCGUCAAGAAGGUGGGCACAGAGACUGUUGUUAUGUAUGAUAUGACCAACCACGACGCAACACGCGUAGACCGCGUUGUUUCUGUGCUGUUCCGCAAGAAGUUGUCCAACGGAUUUCUGCUGGGCGCACGCUCGAUCAACGUGGCACCAACUACCGACAACGUGCGCCGCAUGGACUGCACAAUGUGGCAGCGGUACGAGUGUAAAGAAGACGGCGGGUUCUCCGUCACCUCGGGCGGUCUGUUGUCGUACCCGUCGCGCGCGGAUAUCGAUUUUAUGGCGGUGGAGAUCCUGUGUCUUCACUGGCGGUGGGAGAACCGCGUCGUUGGCGCGCAGUGGACGAUGUAAGUGAAAACGCUGGCUGGUCACGGCGGCGAAGAUCAUGUGUGUACAAUGAGUGUGCCAUGUGAAGAAGAGAACGGAGACGUUGAACCGUGCAAGAAGUCACAGUAGCAACAACACCCACAACUGGGUACUCGCUAAUUUAUUGCUAGCGGUAAUGAGAAAAUAUACUAGCAUUUUGUUCAGCAUUCGCCUUGCGCUGAUUUUUUACUGAGCUGUUGGGUUUGUACCGGAUA